AUGGGGAACGACAUGUCUAUGUCUGCUAUGGAAAAACAUCUAUUCAAUCUAAAAUUCGCGGUGAAAGAACUUGAACGCAAUAGUAAACGAUGUGAAAAAGAAGAAAAAUUAGAGAAAGCCAAAGCGAACAAAGCUAUACAGAAGGGUAACAUGGAUGUGGCUAGGAUUCAUGCCGAAAAUGCUAUACGCCAAAAAAAUCAAGCUGUUAAUUAUCUACGUAUGAGUGCAAGAGUGGGCGCAGUGGCUAGUAGAGUACAAUCCGCGCUAACUACGCGCAAAUUUACUAGUUCUAUGGCAGGCGUGGUUAAGGCCAUGGACGCUGCCAUGAAGGGUAUGAACUUAGAGAAAAUCUCUUCUCUGAUGGAGAAAUUCGAAUCUCAAUUUGAGGAUUUAGAUGUACAAAGUUCGGUAAUGGAAAACACAAUGUCGGAUACAACAACAACUUCAGUGCCACAAGGCGAUGUUGACAAUUUGCUACAGCGAGUAGCGGACGAAGCAGGAUUGGAAUUAAAUAUGGAACUGCCUAGCGGUGUGCAAAGUUCAGCCGUUGGUACAGCCACUCAGGUGUCUCAAGAACAGGACGAACUCACUCAACGUCUAGCCCGCCUUAGACAAGCUGAAUAGGUUAUCUCCUGAACAGUAUUUUCCUAAGAGUGAAGUGAU